GUCUGAAGUACAGUCCUUAUUUAAUCAUAUCUGCAGAAUGCAGACAAUAUAGAAAUAGCUAUGGUCUGCAUUAGCUUUGCAACUUGGACUGAAUAUUAUGUUCAGUAUGCAUUACAUUAUUAAAUGAAAUUACAGACUCACAACUAUGCUUUGCGACACCUGUGCGGAUUUAUUUCGAAGAAACUGGGAGCCCGAGUAUGAUGGUAGUUCCGAGAGCAUACCUCAAGGCCAUCAGCCGUCGACUCAUAGCUUGGCUAUUUCCGUGGCCCAGGGAUGUCUGAUCUGCAAUGUCCUCAAUGCUACUCCCAGUAUACAGGCCAAAUUGAGGGGUGUUUCCGAGGACCAAAGUCCACUCAUCUAUUGCACAAGAUGGGGUGGCCAGCUCACUGAAAACCCAGCUUCCAAGUAUUUCACAUUGUGUUUCACGGUUGGAUAUCCGAAGAGAAAUGAAUUCAAUUACCCUGAGCCUGCCGACGCUAUGAUCGAAGUUGCCCCAGUGGAAUUCUUUCCGCCCAGCCACGUUGGUUCGGGCAGUACGAGCGACAAAGACGUGCUCAGCCGGGUUCAGGCCUGGAUCCAUGAGUGUAUCGACCACCAUGAGACUUGUCGGCCAGGAGCGGAUUCAACAUGGAAGCCAACCCGUCUAGUCGAUCUAGGGGAAUCUACGACCCAGCUUACUGCUCGUCUGAUAAUUUGCAACCAACAUUUCAAUGGCUCUGAAGCUAUCGGCCCUGACGUCAACCACCAAUCCGCGCCGUAUAUGACCCUCAGUCACUGUUGGGCCAAAAUUCCGAUGUUCAAGCUAGAGAAUGGGAAUCCGGACAGGAACGAAGCGUCACUUUGCGACUCCAUUCCAGUAUCUGAGCUAUCCAAGACUUUCAAGGAUGCUAUGCAAAUCACGAAAUGGCUGGGAGUCCGCUAUUUUUGGAUUGAUUCUCUUUGCAUAGUACAAGAUUCGGCCAAUGACUGGAGACAUGAAGCCGCCACCAUGUCGCAAGUCUACAAGAAUUCCUUCUGUAACCUCGCUGCUACCUCUGCACCGGAUGGAAGUUUCGGAUGCUUCGCCGCUCGAAAUCCGAUCAACGUAUGCGCAGAAAUCGUCAGACCAGAGUGGAGUGACAUUAUCGGCAAGGAAUUCGUCAUCGCCCAGCCUCACGAGGCUCUAAUGUCGAAACUGAUAGAGUCACCACUCCUGAAACGAGCAUGGGUCCUCCAAGAGCGUUUGCUCUCUCCGCGGAUGGUUCAUUUCACAGACGAUCAGGUGUACUUUGAAUGUCACAAAUACCUAGCAUGCGAGACAUACCCCGAAGGUAUCCCGGACCCUCAUGGCGAUAUCUGCAAGAAAUGCGUGAAAGACUACUUUAUUCAUCGAAGCAUUGAUGCUGAAGAACAGACGUUCCGUGGAGUACCGACGGGGAUCAUUGAAUGGAACAGGUUGCUGGAAAGGUAUACCACCUACGGCAUUACAUACGGCACGGACAAAAUAAUCGCACUUUCUGGCAUUGCCACAGACUUUUCCCAGCGUAAGAUGCCGCAUGACCGAUACCUCGCAGGGUUCUGGGAAAGCCAAGUCCCGGAUGCUCUCCUUUGGAGGUCAAUUGGAGAAGUGAACCUCCCACCCGAGGAAUAUCGUGCACCUUCAUGGUCCUGGGCCUCUGUCGACAAUGCUGUCUCGGUGCGUGAAACUGAGCGUGACGCUGGAUACUUCUACUGUGAACUCGCAGAAAAGUGGCACGCUGCUGUCGAGACAAUAGACAAUAACAAAACCGGCCAAGUCACGGGCGGAGAAUUACUGCUCUUUGGGAUUGUAUCAGAGGCACGGUUUGCUCAAGCUGAUAUGGAUUCAGGUAAAACAAUGGAAAUGGUAAGCAUAUUACAGCCCAAUGGCAUGUUUCAUUUGUACCCUCGACAGGAGGAUUGGAUCAACGCCUACUUUGACCUGCCUGUGAAGGAAGCCACCAUGACAGCACCCAUUCUGUUUGUUAGAUAUUCAGCCAGAGUGGAAGGAUCAAGAUAUGAUGGAGCAGUAUUCCCAUCUCUUGAGGGAUUAAUACUGGAACAGGUAGGCAAAAGUGCUUUUAAACGGAUUGGUGUCUUUAUGGUGCAUGGCUCCCGAGUGCCAAAGGUACUGGAGUUUGUAGAUUACCCUCUGGCAAAGUACAUUACACUUAUUUGAGCUUGAGGUUUGGAUUAGUUUACUCCUAUAUUUGGAAAUAAAUGUUGCGGU